GCAUGAGCAUGAUUGACCGCCCGCGGUUGCUACUCCGUUAUUGCCAGAUCAGCUGUAAUUACACAGAGAACCAACAGAUGAUGCUUGGGACCAACAUGCAUCCUCAAUGUGUAAAAACCGGUGACCUUAAUCUUUAUAUUAGGCAAUACCAGCGCCGGCCGCAUCCGAAUGCAGGUCAAAGAAGGAAUUUGUAUAGGAAAAUGUUGACGUGAUACUCGCUUAUUGGAAGCCGAGAACACCUCUGCACUUCCACGAGAAAUCACUGGGAUGUUGGAGAAAGGGCAAGUAACCACACCGGAAAAAUACUACAUUUUAUCCUCCGAUGAGAUUUACGAAGUUCGCGACUCAAAUGCACCGUAUGUAACUGGAUUUUCGUUCCCCUUAGUCGAACCGGAGGAAGUCGAGAGACUCGAGAAUUCGGUCUCUCAAAACGAUCGCAUCCGCGAGGAAUAUGUAAACUUUUUGACUCGCAAGAAACCUGCUGGAAUGUCGAUAGUUCAAUUUCUUCCAAUGGUUUUCUCGGACGAAGCUCUGGAUGGAUAUAAUUACAACGGAUCUAAUGCGCUCGGAAAAUGCAAAUUGCCCAUGAAAGGGUAUGACAUAUUUUCGCACUGCUUUAUUGGUAAGUCUAGCUCAGAACGUCUUAAGUUUGUAAUUGCAAUUCCACCGUUGAAAUACUGAUUCCUAUUUAAUCUAAGAACUAUGUAAUUGGGAUCUUAUUUCAAUUAAAUUAAAUUUUAAAACCGUUCCAUGAGAAUACUUUGUUAUAAUUUGAAAUGUUUCAGACAUUGAAUUUACCUGCGAUGAUUCUGUCACAUAGCUGAAGCGAGAUUUUUAUGUUUUGACCGGUCCUGGCCAAAAAUGAGACCCCCUCCCCACAAAAAGGGGAGAAUCAUGUGAAGACAAGCUGUUAUUGUAUCUUUUAGUGUUGCUUACACUCUUGAUGUUACAUUAAAGAGAUUUCAAAUAAGGUAAUUUAACGUCGUUAUAAACCUAUUUUAGUAUUGUAGGGGAAAACGACAUGUUUCUGACAUUUUACGUAGAUCAGACACCUGCCAAACGAUUUCUAAGACUUUUUUCUCAAUAUAAGACAUAAUUUGACUACCACUUUUAGAAAUUAGC